UCAAACGUGGGUGAAAAAAGUUCGCAGAGAGUCGAGAUAAAAGUGAGUUUUCACGUGGAAAAAGGGCAAUUUGGCUGAAAAAUCGUGCUGGAUAUUCACUGUAGGCACACCACGGAGAAUGCUGUUAUGAGAUUCUUCUGGACAGAGAGAGAAUCCACGUGAAAUCCUCAAGAGAAUUCGUCCCCACCCGGAAAUGACGGCCAUGAAGGAGAACGUCGACCUGGAGUGCUUCCUCGUGACGAAGCACUCGUGGAAGGGCAAGUACAAGCGCAUCCUGGGCGUCGGCUCCACCGGAGUGUCCACCUACAACCCGGACAAGUUCGACCUGACCAAUCGCUGGCCGUACGGCGACGUGGUGAGCGUGGUGCCCAACAAGACGGGCAACAUCCACGAGUUCCAGCUGACGGUGCGCAAGGAGAAGAAGCUGGACACCAUCAAGCUGUCGUCGGAGUUCCGCAACGACAUCCUCACGUCCAUCCUGCGCUUCCACAAGGAGUUCGCCGAGAAGAUGAAGCCCGUGCAGAAGUACCAGGCCUACAAGCACCACUGGUCGGGCAUCAAUCUGCCCAUCGUGCUGGAAGUCACGCCGUACUCCCUGGACCAGCUCGAUCCGGCCACGGAGACCGUCAUGGCGAGCUACUGCUACAAAGACAUCGAGGGCAUCAUCGGCAUCCAGGACUACGAUGGUGGCAUUGUCGUGGCGUGCGGCGGUUUCAGUCGUCUGCAUCUGUUCAAGGCGCUGAAUCAUCAUGAAAUCGUGCAGAACAUCGUGCAGUGCUCAUCGCAGUUCCUCGCCUUUGACAUUAAAGUGCUCAAGAGUCAAAUCACGAUGGAGAGAUUCGAGCGAGAGCGCUUCGGGACGUACUCUGCUGAUCACUGUCAGACGUCCAUGUCGGAGUUCCUCGUGCAGAAGAUCACGCCGCGACACUCUGAGCAGACGAGACGCACGCUGUGCCUCACGGAGACGACGAUUCUCGAGAGGGACCCGCAAACGUACACGAUCUGCACGCUGAGACCGCUCACGGAGAUCUUUGCGCUGGUGCGCGAUCGUGAGAACAUCCAGAUGUUCUGCAUUGAGUACAGAAACGGUCUCGUGCGAACGUAUCUGACGAACGACAGGGAUUCGUUGCUUGCGACGCUUCUGGAUGCGGUGCGGUCGUGUGGGAAUCAGGAUGUUCACGUGAGGAUCUCGAAGACGCCGCGAGGAAAGCGCGUGGGACCGCUGAAUUGUCCGGUGGAUGAGGAGACGGAGAGUCAUCUUAUGCGAUUCGUGAUCAAUAAUAUUCAGAACUCGGCGAAACGCAUGGAGAUUCUGGAGAGAUUCAAUGCCAACAUUCCCUAUUCCGGGCUGAAUUACAGCGUGACGCAGGACAGUUUGUUUGCCGAGAACAAGGAGCGCCUGAUUGUGCAGGCGCUUCAGGCGCUGAGUCAGAAAGAAGUUGAUGGAGCGGCGCAAAUGACGAACUUGGAAGUGGAGGCGACUUUUCACGCCAUGCGGCGUCUGCUGGCCAGCAAAGUGGGAUUCGCCUCGUUUACAAACUUGCCGGGAUUCCGUGAGGCGAUCGGCGUGAGAGUUGUGUCGUCGCUGAGGCGAAAUGAUCUGGCCGUGACUUAUGCUGCCAUUGAUAUGAUCAAUUCCCUGAUGCACUCCAUGAAUGCGGACUUUGACCUGAAGCAGGAGCAGCUGAACAAGUUCUCGCUGCUGUCGUCGAAGAGCUUCCUCGAGAGCUUGCUAGAAAUGUGGACAGGACACGCGAAUCUUGGCAGCGGAGCUCUGGUGCUGUCGGCAAUGCUGGACUUCCUCACAUUCGCCCUGUGUGUGCCAUACAGCGAGACUACAGACGGGAAGCAGUUUGACAUUCUGUUGGAAAUGGUGGCGUCGCGCGGAAGAUCUCUCUUCAGGCUCUUCCAGCAUCCCUCCUUGGCCAUUGUGAAGGGCGCUGGAUUGGUGCUGCGGUCGCUGAUUGAAGAGGGAGGCCCGCAAGUGGCCAACCAAAUGCAGACUCUCGCCCUGGACGAAGCGGCGCUCUGUCGACAUCUCCUGAUAGCGCUGUACACGUCCAGCAAUGACACCACGAUGGCCACGCAUCGACAGCUCUCGCGGCACUUAGUGGGACUCUGGAUCACGGACAAUGACGACGCCAUGCAGCUGCUGCAGAGAAUCUUCCCAGCGGGAUUGCUGAUGUUCCUGGAGAGUGAAGAUGAGGUGCCGAAGACGGACGUUGAGGAGGACAAGUUGAACUUCAGGGACAACCUGAAGUUGGCGAUUCAGCACUCCAACAAGGGCGCGCGGAGUGUGAUUGAGAAGCAUCUGGAGGGAAUCAAGCACUGGGGCCUUAAUCUGAUCGAUCGCCAGGAGAAGGUGAAGCAAGCGAUGAAGAACAGGCCAAUUGUGCUGCGCAACAGGCGACAGAAGAAGAAGGCGACUGAGAGUGUGAUGAAUCUGCCGCUGUUCUUCUUCCAGUUCCAGCAGAAUCACACGAUGCCCAACUUGAUCUGGAAUCACAAGACGCGCGAGGAGUUGCGAGCGGCGCUGGAGAAUGAGUUGAGGCAGUUCUCCAAUGAUAAGGAUCUGUCAGGGAGUUUGCUGGUGGCGUGGAAUUACGAGGAGUUCGAGGUGCAGUAUCAGUGCUUGGCGGAUGAGAUUAAGAUUGGGGAUUACUACAUACGAUUGAUUCUGGAGAGGGACGAUUGGCCGCAGAAUCUCGUCACGGAUCCUGUGGAGCUGUUCAAUGCGCUGUACAGGAGAGUUUUGUGUCGGAACCGCGUGAAUGACGACCAGCUGACGGUGACGUCGCUCCAGGCGCUGGCCAAAGUGUACAGGCGGUAUCACGAGGAGAUUGGCUUCUUCAGCGACAUGCCCUACAUUCUCCAGAUGCUGGACAGAUGCUUGUCGCCGGCGCUGAGAGACGCUCUGCUCAAUCUAGUGCGUAAUCUCGUGCUGAACAAGGCGAACUGUCGACCGCUCACGGAUCACGUGAACUGUCUGGUGGAUUUGAUCACGCUGGCGCAUUUGCAUCGCGGCCGGGCGCUGCCCAACACCAAGACUAACGUCAUCGAGGCGGGACCGAACAUGACGUGCUACGAGGAGAAGGAUUGGUACUACAAUGUGGAGAAGGAGGGCGAGAAGCCCGAGAGAUGCGGACCCGUGACGUUCAGCGACCUGAAGGAGUUGUGGAAGAAGGGCGCACUCAAUCCGCGCACGCGAUGCUGGGCCAUUGGCAUGGACGGAUGGCGGUCUCUGCAGCAGAUUCCACAGCUGAAGUGGUGUCUGAUGGCCAAGGGAACGGCGCUGUACAACGAAACUGAGCUGGCCUCGCUUGUUCUGGACAUUUUGAUCAAGUGCACGAGUUUCUUCCCGAGUCGCGCUCGUGAUGGUGCUGCUGUUCUGAUUCCUGGACCAAAACUGUCCAGGAAACUGUCGGAAUUCAUCUGUUUGCCGCAUAUUGUCCAAGUUUGCCUGACACACGAUCCGGGAUUGCUUGAGAGAGUCGCCACACUUCUCUGUCAGAUCAUGGAGGACAAUCCGGAGAUGCCGAAGGUUUAUCUCACGGGCGUGUUUUACUUCAUGCUGAUGUACACGGGCAGCAACAUCCUCCCGAUCGCGAGAUUCCUCAAGAUGACACACAUGAGACAGGCGUUCCGCGGCGAGGAAACUUCCCAGUCUGGCAUCAUGCAUCGCAGCAUCCUGGGCCAACUGCUGCCUGAGGCGAUGGUGUGCUUCCUGGAGAAUCACAGUGCGGAGAAGUUCGCUGAGAUCUUCCUUGGGGAGUUUGACACGCCGGAAGCCAUCUGGAAUUCGGAGAUGAGGCGACUCUUGAUUGAGAAGAUCUCCGCACACAUUGCAGACUUCACGCCGCGGCUGAAAGGACACACAAUGGCGAGAUAUCCUUAUCUGGCGAUACCGAUAAUCAGCUAUCCACAGCUGGAGAAUGAGCUCUUCUGCCACAUCUUCUACCUGAGGCAUCUGUGUGACACUAUCAAGUUCCCCAAUUGGCCGAUUCCGGAUCCUGUGCAGCUGCUGAAGCACACAUUGAUUGCCUGGCGCAAUGAAGUGGAGAAGAAACCGCCACAAAUGACGGUUCAGCAAGCGUACGAAGAUCUGGGAAUUGACCUCACGAAGACGCCUAAUCCGGAGGAAUCGCAGAUUCGGAAGAGUUACUAUCGACUGGCACAGCUGUAUCAUCCGGACAAGAACCCGAAAGGACGUGAUAUCUUCGUGAGAGUGAAUCAAGCUUAUGAGUUCCUGUGCGCGCGAACUGCAAUGACGGACGGACCGAGUCCCAGCAAUAUUGUCCUGAUUCUUCGCACGCAAUCGAUUCUCUUCGACCGAUACGCCGAGGAAUUGCGGCCGUACAAGUACGCCGGCUAUCCGCAGCUCAUCAAGACGAUCAGGCUGGAGACGAAGGACGAGCAGCUCUUCUCCAAAUCUGUGCCGCUGCUCAGUGCGGCCGCUGAGCUGUGCUAUCACACAGUCCACUGCUCGGCGCUGAAUGCUGAAGAGCUGAGGCGAGAGGAGGGCAUCGAAGCGCUGCUGGAAGCCUACUCGCGGUGCGUGUCCAUCAUGGGUGCGGAUUCGAAGCCGGAGUCGCUGCACUAUCAGGUCAUAUCGAACAUCACGAUGUGCUUCGAGGUGGCGUGCAACUUUGAGAACUGCAAGAAGAAGAUCCUGGAACUGCCGCAACUGGUCGUGGACGUGUGCAGAGUGGUGUACUUCAAGCACACCUUGUCUGUGGGCUUGGUGACGAGUCUGGCGGCGAAUAAUCUCGAUCUGCAAUCGCAACUGGUGAAGAAUGGCGUGAUGUGGUCACUGUUGCUCUUCAUGUUCGACUAUGAUUACACGCUGGACGAGAGCGGCGUGGCUACGGAUGAGAAGUCGAACAACCAGAAAGUGGCGAAUAAUCUGGCGAAGAUGUCAAUUCUGGCGUGUGCUUCGCUAGCUGGCUACGAGAUGACGAAUCUGGCGAAGCCCAAACUGUCUACAUCUUCUCCGCCUCCGGUUCAGCCAAAGACUUCAGCGGCGAGUCAGGCGAACUCGAAUUACCAGGGUGGCACGAAUCUCGCUCUGCGCAACACGUACAACACCCAGGCGAGGAAUCUCGUGCAGAGUGAAAAGAAGGGCAACUUCAAGUCGUACGUGGAGGGCGAGGAGGCGGUGGCCGAGGAGGCGCUGCCGGAGGAGGAGAAGAAGGUCGAGACGGCGAAGGAGGAACAGCAGAAAUAUGCGAUAAAUGGGUCGCCGGAGAAUGUGGUGGUGAAGAAGAUACUCGAUAGACUCGUGACGCCGUUCGUGGCUAAUAAGUUCUCCAGUGAUCCGGCUGCGGAUGUGCUGAAGAUGCUGACGUCAAACACGAGGAAUCCCUACCUGAUUUGGGACAAUGGCACUCGGGCGCAAUUGAUUGAUUUCCUCGAGUAUCAGAGAACAACGAGCUCCAAAGAACAAUAUGACGAUGUUACGGAUAUCUAUGCCAUUGUCGAGGGAUUCACCUUUGAUGCUCACAAAGACGAGCUUGUUAUUGGAGGAAUCUUCAUUAGAAUCUACAUCGAUAUGCCAACAUUUCCCAUCAUCAAUCCCAAAACUUUUGUGAUUGAUUUGCUGGAGUUCCUGAAGCAAGGCUACAAUUUUCUGCUCGGCCAGCGCUCGCGACAGCCUCUGACGCCAGCCCAGCUGAUGACCUCCACUGUGCCGCUGCGGCCGAUGAGGGUGGGCCAGAAGAAGAUGCCGGAGAUUGACGGCGUGCUGUCGGAGUAUGCAAAGUCGCGGACGAAGAAUUCGCUGGCCGAAGAACAACAACAGACGGCGAAGUAUGACUUUGCGGCGGAUCCUAAUGCGAUUGAGCACAUUGUGAUGGUGCUGAAGGCACUGAUUGCAGUGAUCAAGAGCAAUCCCAAUGUGGAGAUUCAGUGCAUUGGACACUUUGAGAUGCUCUUUGGCUUCUUGUCGCGCAAUCUCUGCGAUCGCGAUGGUGUUAUCAAGCCGCUGGCGUUGGAGAUUGUGUCGCUGGUGUCGAGAAACAAGGAGUGUGUUAGCGAUAUUGCCGCUUGUGAGAUUCUGGGACAAUUCCUGGUGGCUCUGAAGGACAGGGAUUUGGCGGAGGUGCAGGUGAGAGUGCUGGAGACGCUGAGUGGCCUGAUAAAUGUGCAGCAAAUGGUGAAGGAGGCGCAGAUGAAGGGCAGCGUGAUCUACUUGCUUGAUCUCUUCUGCAACUCUCGCCAUCCGAACAUCCGCGAAGCGAGCGCUGAGAUUCUCUCCAAGCUCACAGCGGAUAAAUUGAGUGGACCGAAAGUGAGGAUUUCCGUGUGCAAAUUCUUGCCGGCUGUUUUCCUGGAUGCCAUGAUUGACUCGCCACCGAUUUCUGUGCAAAUGUACGAAUCAACGCACGAACAUCCCGAGUUGAUAUGGAAUGACAAGACGCGCGAGAGGGUCAGUGAUGCCGUGACGGACAUGGCGAAUAGCUUCUAUGUGCAGCAGAAAGACAAUCCGAAGCUUCUGUGGAAGGAUCCGGAGAUCCUGCAGGACAUCGUGACGAGCGAAUUGGUCGUCUCUGGUGUCUAUUUGCGGCUGUUCGUGGCCAAUCCGGGAUGGACGCUGCGCAAACCCAAGCAAUUCCUCUCCGACUUGCUGGACUUUGUGGUGGAGAACAUCAGCAAGAGUGGCGGCGAGAAGCAGAAAGAUGUGCUGGACGUGUCGACAACGGCUCUUGUCUCCCUCCUGAAUGCUCAACCAAACCUGGCCGAUGCCAUUCCCGUUCUCGGCCACAUUCCCAAAUUCUUUCGUCAAUUGUCAGUUCAACCGAAGAGUGCUUUAACUGUUCUGCAUCAAUUAUCACUUUCCGAUAUCUGCGUGGCUGCCAUUGCACAGACGGAGUGCAUUGAAUCGCUGAAGAAGUGCAUGGAGAAUAACAGGGAACUCACGGCGACGACGUGCGAGACGCUGAGUCGAAUGUUCAAGUGUCAGCACGAUUCGCUCAUCAGGCAAUCGCUGGAGUGCAAAUUGAUUCCGUAUCUGUUGAAUCUUCUCACCACACGCCUCGAGUUGGGCGACAAUCCGGCGAUGGUGAAGGCGCAGAUUGUGGCGGCGUUGAAAGCCAUGACCAAUAAUCUCAACUAUGGCGAUCGCGUGAAUGAGAUUCUCAACGCGAGUCCCAUUUGGGCGGAGUUCAGGGAUCAGAAGCACGAUCUCUUCAUCACAGACACCAACAUUCGCGGAUAUUUGACGGGAGUAAAUUCAACGGCUGGAUACCUGACGCAGGGUCCGAGCAAGAAUGUUGAAGUACUUACUUCACCGCCGCCCAUCGAUCGCGAUGAUCCUCUAGCCAGGAAUUCUGUUGAGUAGCGAGUAUACAAGGAGUGACGGAAAUAUGUAUGAAAUCUUAAGUAGUUUUUUGCACAGACAGUGUGUGUAUGUUUGGUAUUCCACCGCAAUACCAAUUAUGUAAAAUUAUGUGAUAUACUUGCAUAGAUAUUUUAUACAAGAAAAAACGGGAGAGAAAGUGAAGAAAAUAACACCCCAAAAAAAGAAGAAGUCUUCAUGAUCAGGAGGAAGAGGUGGAAAUGUGACAGUUUUCCGCUCUUCCACUGUUGAUCAUAUGGAGAGGAAAAAAAGAGAGUUGAUUUAGGACAUGAAACUAUCAAAGAAACAAACAAAUUUAUCAAUAACUUUCUAAUUAUUUUUUCAUACACAUGUUAAGUGUGAGAUGAUUAGCAUGUAAAAUUUGCUAAAUGAUUUACAGAAGAGAUAAAAAGAAAAAAUUCAAGUAUUAGAUGAAAGAGUGAAUUGAGAAUUUUAUUCUUGAUUUGACUUUUCAGUAAAUUAGCUGAAAAGUCACAAUCAAGACUAGAAUUUUUGCAGAGAAAAAAAAAACAUUCAUUUUGCUAAUAAGAAUAAAACACACUAUAAAUUGAA